GCUUGCGCCGAGGUCAGGAGGGUGCUUGUUGCGGUGUCUCCUCCAUAUCGUCCUAUACCCGGUCCCUUACUGCUUUUAUCAGCCGCUUUUUUUCUCUCUUUUACAACUAGGCAGCAACAACAGUAAUACUCGGCAAAAUGGCAGUGCCUCCAGCAUAUGCAGACCUUGGGAAAUCAGCGAAGGACAUCUUCAAUAAGGGAUAUGGUUUUGGACUGGUUAAGCUUGAUGUCAAGACAAAGUCUUCAAGUGGAGUGGAGUUUAAAACUUCUGGCUCAUCCAACGUGGACACCAGCAAGGUCACUGGAACCCUGGAAACCAAGUACAAGUGGUCCGAGUACGGACUGACGUUUACAGAAAAGUGGACCACAGAAAACACACUGGGAACAGAAAUUUGUGUUGAGGAUCAGAUUACCAAGGGGCUGAAGCUUACUUUUGACACCACAUUUUCACCAAAUACUGGCAAGAAGAGCGGCAAAGUCAAGACAGCUUAUAAAAGGGAAUAUGUCAAUGUUGGGGUUGAUGUAGAUUUAGAUUUCGCUGGUCCCACUAUCCAUGGAGCAGGAGUGGCUGGUUAUGAGGGCUGGCUGGCUGGCUACCAGAUGACCUUUGACUCAGCCAAAUCCAAGAUGACACAGAGCAACUUUGCAGUUGGCUACAAGACUGGGGACUUCCAGCUUCACACCAAUGUAAAUGAUGGUGCGGAGUUCGGUGGAUCUAUUUACCAGAAGGUAAACGACAACCUGGAGACUGCUGUCAAUCUCGCCUGGACAGCAGGAAACAAUGGCACUCGCUUUGGAAUUGCUGCUAAAUACCAGCUGGACUCCAGUGCCUCCAUAUCAGCUAAGGUGAAUAACGCAAGCUUGGUAGGAAUUGGAUACACCCAGACUCUGCGACCUGGUAUGAAACUAGUCCUCUCUGCACUCGUGGACGGGAAGAACAUCAAUGCUGGUGGUCACAAACUUGGUCUGGGCCUGGAGUUGGAGGCAUGAGGAUGUACUCGGCCAUUGCAUUCGUAGAAGAGGACUUUCUGAAGAUUCUCACCAUGAGCUCUCACAUUGGGUCAGCAAUGAAUAUUUUAAAGGUGAAGGCCAAAACAAAAAUAAUAAUCCCAGCCCCUGAGCACUACUAGGAUGUAAACCUUUCCACCAGCCUCCUGUGGUCAUGGUAAUAAAAAUCGAAUAAUGUUUCAAUCGUAUGUUUAUAAAUGAGUUACUCCCUCUGCCAAUUAUCCUCCUAAGUGAUAGAAAAACCCUCCUCUGGUUGCAUUUUGUCUGGGAAUGGUUUCCAAAAACAAAGGCUUGUUAAUUUGCUGAAGUGUGAUAACGUAGAAUGUAAAACUGAGCUGUUAUUUUGCACAGUAGAAUAUACACUUAUUUAAGCGCUUUAUCCUUUUAUUUGCACAUUUUAUUUAUAUUUGGUAGUUACAGAAUAUGUAUAUCAAGAUGGAAGCCAAUGUAUUGAUUGGUUCACCUAUCAUUCUGUAGACUCUUAAUUAUCCCGUGUGAUGACUUUGAGAUCUCUGCUACCUAAAUACCUGCUUCUAAGUGAUUCCUCCUUUCCUCCAAGUGACUUGAGUGACAGAAUGUCUUGAGUGAAUCAUCCACCUUUUCCACCCAUUUUGGAAGACUGUGACACUAAUCUAGAAGCAGUUUCUGUGUUGGUGUAUGUCUUACCCUUUGCAAUAAAGUCCUUAAAUCCA